UAUAAUGCAGGUAUUAUUAGUGGUGGAGGUAUCGCCCAAUACAAAAUUAAUUUACGAGAUUAGAACUUAAUGAAGACAUCACGAACACUACAAGUAAACUUAAGCAACAUUUACAAACACUUAAUCGUUACUCAUAACCCAAAUGUGUUCACUUUAAGAAGCAUAAAUAAUUGUAAAAAAUAAAAUUAAUGACUUUCGUGAAGCCUACGCCACUGGUAAAUUACCAACUUCAUUUUCACGUUGCCCCCACUGACGGUUAAAGUAGGCGUUUCCUUCAGGGUUUCCCAAAGUUCCAGCGUGCAAAAUCAGGCAUCAGGCAGUAUUUUCUGAUGUACUGAAGUUGCGAAUAUUCUGCAUGAAGCUUAGGCAGUUUUCGAAAGUGAGCUUUAAUUUUAAUCGCGGAGUAAAGAAGCUUUUAAACAACGACAUUGCGUUGAAGAAACGCAAUUUUGAGUUCUAAUAUGCAUAAGUGUAAAUAUAGGCAAGUGAUAAUAGCUUGUGCACAUAGUUGAUUGUGAUGGAGUUUUUGGAUUUUUAAGCCUAUUUUAUUACUUUUACGGUUCAUUCUAAUUAGGAUAAUUUAGUUCUCUGCUACCUCUCAAACAAUCAAGCAAAUACCUAUGUAAACCGCAACCUAAAAAAAGGUUGUAGCGCGAAAAAUAUUUAUUUAUUAUUAGUUUUUUACUUAUUGUUGAUUUGUGAUAAAUAUUAUUAUUGUACAAAAUGAGCUACGCUAUGGAGCGUGUAUUUUUAAUAUUAGUAACAAUAUUAACACCAUCAUCGUGGUCUCAAAACCUAGAUAGCCCCUGUCCAUCUAUAUUCCAGUACAGGUACGAUAACCAACAUGGAUUAUAUGGGGAAAUUAGCUUCACCGUCGAUCCAACCAGCUAUUUGAAGGUAGACGUGCAAAUGUCUAUUGGAAAUGAAGUUCAUGAAAAUGGCAAAUUGGUAUUGGCCACACCGAAAGAAACCAUUUACCUAUUGAGCAAUCAUCGACCACUCCAGUAUUAUUUGUAUUUUCCGGCUUGGAGAGACAUACCGCCGAAAAUUACGCAGAUCCUUGUUAACGAUCACCUCAUUUGCAGCGGACCCAAAAUUCCAAUGAAUAUAGUUUCGAUACUAUCGACAGUCAACCUCCAGCACUCGUUGAAGAUCGACAUAUCCGCAUCGAAUUUCCCAUCGACCAACAACAACCACAUCUUGGUCCCUCCGAGGCAGGAUUUCUCUACGAUAAAGGACGAAAAGCCCAACAUCGACUUCGAAUACUACCACAUACCGGCGUCGAAACCGUUGGAAUUCGAUCCGAACAAUAAGUUCAACUUCAACCCGACGCUCCCGCCCAACCGAUUCAAUUUCAAUCCCACAACGAAUCGGCUGAAACCAUCGGAAGUGUACGCCGGUAACCCCUUUUUCAACAACAACAACAACAACAAAGAAAAUACUCAUCUUUCUCAUCCACCGACAGUGCAACCGGUUCCCCAACAAACGACGCCUCCACCGCCGGGCGUUGGCGUGGGUUCGCCGGAUUUGUCGUUCGGCGAUGAUUUCGAAUUGGUGUCAAAAGGCAGCGAACAAAGCACGAGGCCGUACGAUGACGUUUGCGGCCGCAGCACGCCCAAAACCAUCCCAUUGAUAUUCAACGGACACGAGGUCCCCAAGGGGGCCUAUCCCUGGCUCGUCGCCAUCUUCGCCGUCAAGCCCAACGGAUUGAACUACAAGUGCGCCGGGUCAUUAAUAUCCAACAGACAUGUAGUUACAGCUGCGCAUUGCGUUCAGACUUCUACAAGAAGAGUGCGGCCCAAGGAGUUGCUGCUGGUGUUGGGGAAAUUGAAUAUUCAGAAGUGGAUUCCGACGAGCGGUGAGAAGAUAGUGGAACCGAUGGGAAUAUACGUGCAUCCUGAUUAUAAAAUUUCCUCCAGCGAUGCGGAUAUAGCGCUUCUGGUGCUAAGCGAGCCGUUGAAGUUCUCACUCGUGAUAAAGCCGAUUUGUCUGUGGAAAGGCGAUACGAGUCUUACUAAAAUAGUUGGGAACUCUGGUACUGUGGUAGGAUGGGGCAGAGACGAGAACGGUGAAAUACGCACCGAGGAACCCAAGCAACUCAAUGUGCCUAUAGUCAGUCAAGAGACUUGUCUUGCUAGCAAUCCCAAAUUCCACUACUCAACUUCCAACAGGACCUUCUGUGCUGGUCAACGCGACGGUACGGGACCGUGCAAUGGAGACAGCGGCGGUGGAUUUAUUAUGAAAAAAGAUGGUAAAUGGAUGUUAAGGGGUAUCGUUUCGCUAUCGAUUCCAUCGCAAGAAACCACGUCGGAAAUCUGCGAUCUGUCCAAUUACGUGAUUUUCUGCGAUGUCAGCAAAUUCACCAACUGGUUGUUGUCCUUUCUUAAAUAAAAAGUUGAUAUGCCUACUAUAAUCUUAUUUCUUUAGGGCAAUGUACUAGA